CAUCUCUUUCCAAUAGUCCCAAGGUCCUCAACUGAUGGGAUCUUUCAACGCACGGCGAAGACAACAAGAAUAAGAAUGUCACAAAACAUUGAUCAAGCUCCCCCGCAACAUCAGCCGCAGCGUGUGCGCCUUAAAUCUAACAAGACAAUAGCUACACAUCACCAGUACGCAUGUCUUCGGUGCCGUUCUAGAAGAGUCAAAUGUGACAAAACCCUCACUGGCUGCGCUCACUGUGCCGCGCACCGUCAGCCAUGCGUCUAUUCGGCCCGUCGUCCUAGGAAGUCGCAUAAAUCAACGAAAAGUUCGGGAACCACUACUGCUUCUCUAGCAAGAAAGAUAUUGCUACCUGCCAACCCUGCUUCAUCUUUGAGCUGUAUUCCCGCAUUGGAAAGAAGGAGUGACAGCGAAGAAACAACCGUGGAUGGGACCGAAUGGGAUUCUUCUGGCCAAGCCCUUGAUGAUGGAGAAGAGGAGGAGGCUGUUGUUCCCCAAGACUUUCGCAAUUCGGCGUAUAGAGUCCAGACGUGUACUAAGGGUGGAGAUCGCUUGUUGAUUGACUCGAAUGGUGGUUGUCACUUUGUAGGUAGCGAGAAGGUGGAGCAGGUCAUGUACUGCGAGCAAGUUUUGCGAACCCACCCCCAAGAAGCAGGAGGUGAGCUUGCAAUAAAACAAAAUCCAAAGAUUAGUCGAAAUCUGGAUCCAAACGCACUUCUGAGCGCUUCUUUGUACAAUGAGCAAGAUACGAGCGUUUGCCACCCUCCCGCUGACAUCAUGCACGUGCUAUGGAACCACUUUGUGCAAAACGUCGACAUAAUGGCAAAAGUUAUAUACAAACCAGCAGUGUUCGAGUUAAUUCAAAGGGCUGCCAACAACCGAUUGCCAUCAAAUCUAGGCACCGAUGAAUCGCUAUUAUUCGCAAUCUGGCUCGCAUCCGCAAUAACACUGACACCAACGCAAUGCGCCCACCUCACACAAACCUCCCAACAAACCCUCCUCCAAAGAUACACCCAAGCCCUCACUCACUCCCUCCACAAGCACAGCUGGCCAACAACCCAAACUCUCUCGAUUCUCCAAGCCCUGACCCUCUAUCUCAUCUUCUCCCCCGAAAACGCGCGCGCAACAUGGAUGCUCAGCGGCAUGGCCCUCAGCAUCGCACAAGCAAUGGGCAUGCACACAGACGGCUCAUCCUACCCCGCCUUCAGCGUCAUCGAAACUGAAGUCCGGCGGCGCGUAUGGUGGACACUAUGUCAGCUCGACGUUAGGAUCUCCGAGAACUGCGGGUUACAGUCUCAUGUUCCUUUUUUUGCGACUACCAAGAUGCCGCUGCAUAUUAAUGACAGCGAUUUGUCUUCUUGUAGCUCCGACGGGACAGUACAGGAGAGGGAUAGAUUCUCGGAGAUGACGCCGAGUUUGAUCAAGAUUGAGAUGGCGUGGACAGGGCUGCGUGUCAGGCGUGUACGCUCUUUUUCGUCUUCCUCACCCUCUUCCGCGGAAAAUGAGGAAGAUAUACGGCAGAUUAUCCAAACACAAAUCACCCGCUACAGAACAAAAUAUCUACCCUACUUCUUUCCAUCCUCGUCGUCGUCAUCUGAAAGCUCACAACAACAUCAACAAUCCGAAAUCCACCGUCUCAGUGAACUAGGAACACACCUCAUCAUCGCGCGUCUCCAGAAACUGCAAUUCGACCACAGCACCACCACAUCCUCAGCCUUAUCAAGAGAAGAGCAACUUCUGCAACAUAACACAGCGAUUCUGCAAAUCGCACACGCACUGCCCCAGAAGUAUAAAGCAUAUGGAUGGUUUUUUAGGUGCGCGUAUUCGAAGUGGCAUGCCGUUGCGUAUUUGCUCGUCCAACUCUGCAAAAUCAGCCCUUCUCCCUCGUACGGAAGUGGUUGUAGCACAUCCUGUUCUACGAAGCAAAGAUAUAGUUUAGACAUUAUACAGCAAGCAUACACGACCAUCGACGCGGCGUUCGCAGAAUGGGGAGGCAACACCUCUACAAAUUCCCAAGAGAACCAGAGGAAGAGCGGUCCCUCCUCAUCUUCAUCUUAUUCUCCCUCUUCCACCUCCCCCGAAGAAAAAGAAGCAAAAGCCAUCAACCCGCGAUCUUCAAUCUACAACCCCCUCCUACAACUCUAUUCCCGCGCUCAGGCCGUGAGGAGUUCCUUGCUUAUCGAAUUGGGUCCUGCUGCGCCUGCUAUUGAAUAUCCGAUAUCGUUAUCAAACGAAUGCGACUCGAAUCCUUCAAAAAGCGGUGGUGAUGUGCCGAUUACCGAUAUGAUAUCGAUGUUGGAUAACGAGAACCCACCAGCACUGAUACCACCGCCACUUCCUCCUUCAACGAUGACAAUGCAGAAUAAUAACAACAACGCUUUACUCAGUUCUUUUGAUCCCUUUUUCGGCAGCUAUAUUACCGCGGGUGAAGAGGGAUCUUUGUAUGAAGGGACGGGGUGGGAGGAGCAAUUUGAUCUGUGGGUUCAAGACUUCUAG